AUGAUCAAAAUAUUGAAGAUUAAAAUUGGUCUGGAGAUUAUAAAUUUAACAUAUAUAAAGAGGGUAUCACUUUAUAUUACGAAUUAUAAACUAAUAAAAAAAUUAUUAUAGAUUUGGAAUGUAUUGGAUCAAAUUCACAGACUUUUUAUGGAAUUUAGAAUUUGAUUAUAGUUGGAUUUUCUGAAUGCAAACCUGCAUACAAAUUUAAUUUAUUUUAUUACUAAACUAAUAUCAAUCCAUGCAUUCCAAUUUGUGGUGAUAAAAUAAUAGUUGAAGAUGAGGAAUGUGAUGAUGGAAAUGAAGAUCCAUUUGAUGGAUGUUUUAAUUGUAGAUAUCAUUGUGAAGAGUUUUGUGAAUAUUGUAUUAAAAGUAAAUAGUAAAGAAAUUUGAGAUAAAUAUAGAAAAUGUAAUUUAUGAAUUAGCUUAUUAUUUCGAUGUUCUUUAGUUUUCUUGUAUCUUUGAAUGUAGUUUUUGUACUAACAAUUUAUGUAUGAAAUUUAACUAUGGAUAUUAUUUAAAUCCAUAUACAAACUAGUGUUUGAGUAUAUGUGGAGAUUCAAUUUUAUAAGCUUCUGAAUAGUUUGAUGAUGGUAUUAUUAGUAGAAUUAGAAUUAAUUAUAAUAUAGAUAAUUAUGAUGGUUGUUCAAAUUGUUAGUUGAUUUAAUAUGAAAAAUGUGAUUAAGAUCCUUAAAUAAUCAAACAUCGUUUUUCAAUCUGUUAUCAAGGAAUAUGUUUGAAAUGCAAUGAUGGUUUUUUAUAAGAUGGAGAUACUUGUACUUCAGUAUGUGGUGAUAGUUUAAUUAACAUGUAAGAGGAAGAAUGUGAUAGUGAAAAUUAUGGAUGCAAUCAUUGUAAAAUAUUGAAAGGCUAUGUUUGUGGAAAGUUGCCUUAUUCAAAUUGCCAAAGUUGCGAUAAAGAGUGUAAUCAAUGUUCAAGCUUAGAUAAAAUCAAUUUAAUAUGUAUUGAGGGUUAUUAUGCAAUUUAAGAUAAAUGUUUUAAAUGUGAUUCUAAUUGCAUUGAUUGUAAUUUACAAUCAAAUUUAUGUACAUCAUGUUUCAGAGAAGAUUGUGAUUUUUGUGAAUCUAUUCCUGGUCUUUAUGCUGAUUUAAAAAUUAAAAAAUGCAAUUCUAUUUGUGGUGAUGGAAUUUAAGUUGAAUUAUAUGAAUAAUGUGAUGAUCAUAACGAGAAGAAUGGAGAUGGUUGUGAUUCAUAAUGUAAUUUAGAAUUUUCAAAUGAUGAACUUAAUUAAUUUAAAAAUUAUCAAUUUUAAGGAAAUAAUACUUAUGAUUGA